AUGCUAAUCUUCCAGAUUGGUACCAACAACUGGCAGCGACAAGGGGAGUUUGCUCCCGGCAGUGGCAUCCUGCACGCAUCUUUCCAUGAUAGCAUGAAUGCCAUGGAGGGCGUGAAGAGCUAUUCCAUCUAUCCUAGCAAGAAGCAGACGAAUCCGGAUGACGACCCCACCUACAGAGUCUUCAAGCUCGAACACGACAUUCCCAUCUGCGAGUCCGUCAGCCCAAAUUCGUCCUACAGAUGGCAUUCUAUGUCAGAGGAGCAAUACGACGCCUAUCUCAAGCGCCUUGAGAAUGAGAUCUGUGCCUUUAUGGACGAGGUUGAGGCAAAGGAGGGCAAGGAAUUCGACUACCUCAUCUCUCACCACGCUUUCACCAACGCCAUGACGGCGGCGCAGAUUGUCGAGAGGCGGCACAAGGAGGGCAAGACCAAGCUUAAGCACUUCAACUUCGUGCACGGCACCGCGCUCAAGAUGUACAUCAAGGAGAAGGAGGGAGAUCCCGAGUACCCGAUGCGCUUCCUCUCGAAGUGUCGGGAGAGCGGGGUGUUUGAUGGGCUCAGCCGCACGAAGGGCGUGUGGGUGAACUCAGAGGACUACAUCGGAAAGUUCCUGGAUUGCUUCCCUGCCUAUCCCAAGGAGAACUGCGUCUUCUCGCGCAUCGGCGUGAAUCAGAACACCUUCUGCCCAAAGGGCACAUCGGUGGGAAGUGACCUUGUCAAGCAUGCUCGCGAUGAGGACAAGGACAAGGUCGCAGCGAUGAAGCGCCUGGUGACUUUCGUGGGCAAGUUUGCGGAUUGGAAGCGACUGGAUGCCGUGCUCUAUGCUGCGCAGGAGUACGAGGCCAAGUAUCCCGACCUGGGCACUGCCAUUGUGGGGACAGGUCCGCCUGAGGCGAUUGAGAAGUACGAGGGCCUUGCCAAAAGUCUCGGCCUUCAGCGAUCCAUCUUCCUGGGACCGAAGGGCCAGGAUGUGCUAGCAGAGCUCUUCUCGAUGUCUGAGGUGGGUAUGUUCCCAUCUUACAAGGAGCCCUUUGGGAUGGUCUUCAUUGAGUGCAUGGCCUGCGGCUGCCCAACCAUCGGCGCCAACAGCGGAGGGCCCACAGAGUUCGUGAAGCCCGAGCAGGGUGUACUUGUAGAGGAAGAGGAUGACUGGAGGUCCGAGGAAGGUGCCAAGAAGUUGGGCUCCAAGGUGGCCGCCAAGGUCUCUCAGGCCAUUGACGAGGACUGGAAGAAGACAAAGGGCCCCGGCUGUGUGGAGUUCGUCACAAAGAACUUCUCGACAGUUGCGCAGGUGGAGGGCAUGCUGGCGAACAUGAAGGAGUGGUCCAAAGAGUAA